GAGGAGGAGGGGAUCUCUGCAAAGUGAGGCCAGGCAGUGAAGAGCAGCAUGGACCUGGAUGUGCUGAACAUGUUUGUCAUUGCCGGUGGCACCCUGGCCAUCCCCAUCCUGGCCUUCGUGGCCUCCUUCCUCCUUUGGCCCUCAGCGCUCAUCCGCAUCUACUACUGGUACUGGCGCCGAGCCUUGGGUAUGCAGGUUAGAUAUGCAAACUACGAUGACUAUCAGUUUUGUUAUUCCUAUAGAGGGAGACCUGGAUACCGACCGUCCAUCCUGAUGUUACAUGGGUUCUCAGCCCACAAAGACAUGUGGCUGUCCAUAGUCAAGUUCCUGCCGAAGAACCUGCACUUGGUGUGCGUUGACAUGCCCGGGCACGAGGGCACAACCCGCUCGGCCUUGGACGACUACUCCAUUAGCGGGCAAGCUAAGAGAAUACACCAGUUCGUGGAGUGCAUCAAGCUGAACAGACGGCCCUUUCAUCUGGUUGGCACUUCCAUGGGGGGAAAUGUAGCCGGCGUCUAUGCCGCUCAGUACCCAGAAGAUAUUUGCAGCCUGACUCUCAUCUGUCCUGCAGGCCUGCCAAGUACCACCGACAGCAAGUUCAUUAAGCAGCUCCGGGAGCUGCAAGAGUCCGAAUGCAUCGACAGGAUCCCUUUAAUUCCCUCGACCCCUGAGGAGAUGGCAGAUAUGCUGAAGCUUUGCUCCUAUGUCCGCUUCAAGGUGCCGCAGCAGAUCCUCCAGGGCCUCGUCGACGUUCGCAUCCCACACAAUGAUUUUUACCGGAAACUGUUUUUAGAAAUUGUGGAUGAAAAGUCCAGGCACUCUCUCCACGAGAACAUGAGCAAGAUCAAAGCGCCGACGCAGGUCAUCUGGGGAAAACAGGACCAGGUCCUGGAUGUUUCUGGUGCCAGUGUUUUAGCGAGCGCUAUCCCGGACUGCCACGUGUACAUCCUGGAGAACUGCGGGCACUCGGUGGUGGUGGAGCGACCCCGCAAGACGGCCAACCUCAUCCUGGAGUUCCUGGCGCUGCUGCACAACAUGGACAACAACAAGAAGCAGGCAUGAGCGUGGCAGGGAGCCGAGGGCCCACACCGGGUCUUUUAAAUUGUAAAGUACUGCAGCUUUGAUCAGUUCUCAGGGAUCUUGUACGAAUCGGGGUGAAUGUGCCAAAGUCCCUGAGGAAGGCAGAAUCACUGAUACCUAAACCUAUAGCACCGCCGGCACAGCGACCUAGGGGUCAUUGAGCAACCUCCAUAGAUACAGGAACGGAAGCAGAAUCUCUCCCUUUUCUACUUAGAGACAAAGUAGAAACGAGCUGAAAUCACCAAGCGCUAGCCAUGCCGUGUGCUGAAGCUCCUUAUGCAGCCACCCAUCUUACCCGAGUUACCGGCACGUAGUUGUUAAUGACUUUUACCGAAACUAUAUAAGAAGCGUAGGAAGGAGGAAGCAUCCUGGACUGAGACUUAACAAUAUUUCUACUCCUU